AAUUUCAGAGAGAGAGAAUGGUUUCUGUGUUCCUUUCGCGAAUUGUUGUGCUCACGGCCGGCACCCUCUACCCUGCAUAUCGAAGCUAUAAAGCUGUCAGAACAAAGGAUGUAAGAGAGUAUGUUAAAUGGAUGAUGUAUUGGAUUGUUUUUGCUUUCUUCUGUUUCAUAGAAACAAUUGCUGAUAUCAUUGUAUCAUUUUGGCUACCGUUUUAUUACGAAUUAAAAAUCAUUUUCGUAUUAUGGUUACUGAGUCCGUGGACCAAAGGCGCUUCAAUUUUGUAUAGGAAGUGGGUGCAUCCGACAUUAACGAAACACGAAAAAGAUAUUGAUCUGCUGCUCGAACAUGCUAAGUCAGAAAGUUAUAAUCAGGUUAUGCGAUUAGGUAGCAGAGGAAUAUUGUGUGCUCGUGAAAUUAUUGCAACAGCUGCACUUCGAGGACAAGCGCAGCUUGUACUACAACUGCAGCGCUCAUACAGUACUAGCGAUGUUAAUAACAGAGAAUCAUCAUCGUCAAAAGUGAUUCGUGUGACGGAAAUCCAGGAAGAAGACGACGAACGUGAACCCAGUGAUAGUGGUACUCCAGGCGUGUUGGAAGAAGAGAUUACUUCCACUGGGGAACGACAAGAUCGAACCGAAGCACUGCGUCGUAGUUCGAGACGUCGGAGAUCACCUGCAUCGGAAACAAUUUAUAAUACAUUACCACGUCGGACAACACGUCAGCAUAAAUAAUUGCAUUCGUAAUAUUCCUG